UCCUACACCGCCUCCUGUUGAGUUUCUGUCCCCCGGGCGUUAAAAGGCGCAGUUGGUGAUAAGAGCAGAGGCGCACUUUGAACAGGAGCGCGGCUGCAGGGGAAGGGGGUGGGGGCGGCCCUUCAGGACACCUGCCUGUCCUCUCUCAGCCCUCCUUCAUUGGACCUUUGCUAAACAAAAGGAACAGGUUUAAAUAUUCCUCCACAGAUUGCGCACCGAUGCGCGCAAACUACAGCGGGAGACGCUGCCGUGCGCCAUCCUGUCUCCUGAUGAGCUGAUUGAGCUUUUGCGCACCGAGCCCGGAUGGGUCCAAAGUUCCAGCUGGUCCAAACUUCGGUAUGAUCGUUUCCAACGGGAGCCUGGGCUGCGCGCGAUGUCCCGGAGAAGAAACGACGGAUGCGAGCGGAGGGAUCACGGACUCUUUGCCCGCCACCUCUCUGAGUCCGACCGGGCACCUGGUGGUGGCGGUGUGCCUGGGCUGCAUCGGCACUCUGGGCUUUCUCAGUAACUUCCUGGUGCUGGCGCUGUUCUGCCGGUACCGGGCUCUGCGCACGCCCAUGAACCUGCUGCUGGCGAGCAUCUCUGUGAGCGACCUGCUGGUCAGCGUGCUGGGCACGCCGUUCAGCUUCGCGGCCAGCACCCAGGGGCGGUGGCUGAUCGGACGAGCUGGAUGUGUUUGGUACGGCUUCAUCAACGCCUGUCUGGGCAUUGUCUCCCUGAUCUCGCUGGCUGUUCUGUCCUACGAGCGUUACUCCACCAUGAUGGUGCCCAACAUGGCCGAUGGCAGAGACUUCCGUCCAGCGCUGGGAGGGAUCUGCUUCUCCUGGCUCUACUCCAUAGCCUGGACUGUGCCUCCGUUACUAGGCUGGAGCAGAUACGGCCCCGAGGGCCCUGGCACCACGUGCUCUGUUGAUUGGAAGACCCAGACUCCAAACAACAUCUCCUACAUAAUCAGCCUUUUCACCUUCUGCCUUGUCCUACCAUUCGCUGUCAUCGUCUACUCCUACGGCAAACUCCUGCUUGCAGUCAGACAGGUGCGGAGAGUGAGCACAGUAGUGACCCGUCACAGAGAGCAGCGGGUGCUGGUGAUGGUCAUCAUAAUGGUGGUCUGCUACCUGGUCUGCUGGCUGCCAUACGGGGUGGCGGCCCUGCUCGCCACCUUCGGCCCCAGGGACCUUCUGAGUCCGGAGGCAAGCAUCAUGCCUUCGCUGCUGGCCAAGUUUUCCACCGUUGUCAACCCUUUUAUAUACAUAUUCAUGAACAAACAGUUUCACAGAUGUUUUCGGGCCUUCUUCUCUUGCUCCGCUCCAGAGCGAGGCUCCACCUUAAAGACUUUUUCUCGGCCGACAAAGACAUUCCGCACUGUCCGCCAGGAGAGGGAUUUCCAGGUGAGCGCCCCCGCCCCUUCGACAGCUGCGCCAACACCCAACUCUGUGCACGAGGCCUCGCAGGGAGCCAAUCACGUGGCGCCGUCAUCAGUGAACAGUGGCUGCGUUGCUGCAGACGGUCCUGCUGCAGAGACCGCUGCAGAGCCUGAACCUAAACUGAUUCUGGUGGCUCACUACAGGGAAUAAAGAGAAAAGCAACAUGAGGCGAACACUGGCAGAGAAGAUACAGAAUAAAGGGAGCAGGUCUCCAAAAUAUGACAAAACAUCUUCAUUAGAAAAAUUGACUGAAAUGCAAAACAGGCUGAGGCCGUUUAAUCCCAGAGAAACACCCUGCAUUCUGAAAACAAGAGCUCUCUAAAGCUUUGUGUACAAAGCAGGCUGAAGAUAUGAAGAUCAGGGCUACACGCAGUGCUUUGUGUUUACAUUACACACCUUUCCCAUCAGGAUUUACCAGCUGAAUCCCAUUCAAAAGAGCACAACCAUGACAUUACAUACCCCUGCCCGACGUUUAGGAUAAAGGAGACCGGAGGGAUUCACAUUUAUCUGUUUGGGUUCUAGUUUAGACAGAUGUUUAUUUUUGUUCACUUUGUGGGAAAAGAUUAGGAAUCCAAACACAAUGGAGUUUAACAGCUGGUUGGAGAAUGUCAAAAAAGUUUAUGUGCAUUUGAUUAACAGAGGAUAACUUGCUUUUAGUGUCUUUAAAUAUGUGAUCUCUUGUAUUUUUUUUUACUGAAUAUUGUGCCUAGAUUAAGCUUGCAAAAGUGUCCAUGUUGCAUUAGUGUUUUACAUUUGCGAUUUUGCCACAAACCUCUAUAUCAUUUUGGGGGAUUUCAUAUUUUAGACCAACACGAUGUUGUGUAUAAUUUAUAUAUUUUUUUUCUUUUAAAGAAAUAUUACCUCUUAAAGAUGGGAUGUGCACUUCUGUUGAGUGUCCUUCACUUUCAGAUCUUAAGGUAGCAUCCAGUGUAAUUCAGUUUCAGUAAAAAACAUAUGUGGUGAAGUUUAAAGCAGAUAUUGGUUAUUAAACAGUUUCCCUGUUUAAACAGUUUCCUGGUUUGAUCAAUCAUCCAGAAACAGAAAUGGUUUAACACAAGCACAGACUUAUCAAAACAUGGGCAUCCACAUCAACCUACAAUACUAAAUAGAGAAGCGGUAAAGAGGGCCAUAGUAACUGUGGAGGUGUUGCAGAAAUAAGCAGCUCUUGUGUUAGAAUCUGCAAUGAACGCAGGAGAGUAAUGCACUUUAUGAAAGGAAUUUAUGAAGGAAAGGUUAUUUUAAAGGAAAUUUUGCUUAAAAGGGACACAGCAUAAUGUAGAAGGUGCUGAGGUCGAAAAGCAAUUUAUGUUUUAUCGCUUACACUGCACAGGUCCCCUGAAUGCGUCAUUUCCAACACAAUGUUGUGAUCGAGAUAUCAAGUUGUGGGGAUCCUUAUUUUCAGAGAGGGAGGCUUAUCAGUUUUUUGUGGCCAGAAGGA